AUGACAGCUGUUUUUUGUCAACUGCAUCCUGCGUUAGUAUUAUGCACAAAAUUGACCGAAACGGACUGUAAAGGGUCAAGAUUUAAUCCCUUCGUUCUAUUAAUUGAUGAAGAUGUCAGGAAGGGAAAGAAUGCAAAUGUAAAGAAUGUCCAGACAAAUCAGCUGAGAAACCAAAAUGUGCGGGAUCAUGCCAUGGUGCUGGUACCGGUACUCAUCAGGAGAAGAGCCAAGAUAAUGCCGCGAUGGGCAAGUGCUGCGCAGAAGGAAGCAACAAGCAUUGCCAUUCGGAGAAAUGAUGAACUGAUCGACGAGUGGAUGGAUUUUAUUUGGAUUUCCUCACCGUCGAAACAAUUCAGAGAAGAUACAUUUGAAUGA